AUGAAACUCCUGGUUCUCUGUUGUCUGGUUGUUUCUGCAAACGCAGCGGUAAUACCUCUCACUGCACCCCCGAAUAACGCGACAAUACAAGUGAUUGUACCAGGAUCAAAGCCGCCUGUUCCUCCAAGUUCACCUCCUCCUCCACCGCCAGUAUCCGUCAGUUUGGCCCCGUCGAAAGCGGCAACAAAUGUUGUGCCAUUGCAAUCCACGGCCGGAGCUGCAGUUGUGGCCAGCAAGUCGGCCGACGGGCUUAAUUUGAAAGCCGAGAAUGUGGUUGCCAUCGGCACAGGUGCACCUCGAUCCCAGCCCCCGUCCAAUCCGUCGCAACCACCAGCUCCGUCAAGCAUUGCUCCAGUUCUACCAAGCAUUGCUCCGCCGCAACCCAACAUCGGUCCGGUUCAACUUGAAUCAAGCCUCCCUCCAGUUCAACCAAGCAUCAUUACAGUUCAGCCCAUCCUCCCUCCAGCUUCUCAAGGACCAGCGCAGCCCAGCGCCGCCCCAGCUCAGCCCAGCGCCGCUCCAGCGCAGCCCAGCGCCGCUCCGGCUCAGCCCAGCGCCGCUCCACCUCAGCCUAGCGCCCCUCCAGCUCAACCUAGCGCCGCCCCAGCUCAGUCCAGUCUCGCUCCAGCGCAGGCCAAAGUCGUCCUAUUACCAGCAACGGUUAUAAUUCCCGCUUAA